GUGUGUGCUCACAAACAGAGGAGGAAAACAGAGUGCAUGCUGGGAGGAAGUGUGUGCUCAUACAAGAGGAGGAAACAGAGUGCAUGCUGGGAGGAAGUGUGUGCUCAUAAAACAGAGAGGAACACACCUCAGGAAACAGAGUGCAUGAUGGGAGUGAAAGACGCUGCUUCUCGCCUUGCUGCUAGCUGCUCUCGAGGGUGCCGGUUCGAUGCCCGGCUCUCUGACUGAUGUCAUCAGAACGGACGUCUCUCUGAGGGGCGUCGUCCUCGCCGCCGCCGGCCGCUUCAACGACCAAUCAAACGACGCCUUCCUCUUCAAACCGUCCGCUAUCCUCCGAGCGCAGCGGCAGGUGGUGAAGGGGCUUCGGUACGUGGUGGAUUUGGAGAUUUCCAGAACACUGUGCCGUAAACGGAACCACAACAAGGAUCUGUCCAGGUGUGACCUGCAGCCUGAAGGGUCCCUGAAGCAGACGUUUGAGUGUCACACGGAGGUCUGGGUCGUCCCCUGGAGGAAUGAGACCAAGACUCUGGAGAUGGACUGUCAAACCUGAUCUGUCCUCACCCUCACCUGUCCCUCUCUCACCUGUCCUCAUCCUCACCUGUCUCCCCCCCCACCUGUCAGUCUAAUAAAGCCCCUCCUCUCGUAUCACA